CACAUUCCUUCUCAUUUGAGUAUACAGGAAAGUAAUAUUGGCUAGCAAAAACCAUGAGUUCAAAGGCAAUUAUCUUCUUGGUCCUUAUCGCAUUAGUACUCCUGAUUGCCUCAGAGGUCUCCGCUAGGGAUUUGGUUGAAACUGAGACAAACGGCUUAGAAGAUUCGAAAUACUCUAGAGGUGGAUAUCCGGGCGGAGGCUAUUACGGUGGUGGAAAGGGCGGAUACGGUGGAGGGCGUCGCGGAAAUGGCGGUGGACGCGGCGGAUAUUGCCGAUUUGGUUGCUGUGGACGCGGUUAUUAUAGAAAAGGUUGCAAAUGCUGCUCAUUUCCGGGUCAGGCUGUGAAUUCCAUCCCAGAAUCCAAGCCGGAGAAUUGAACGCCCUACUUUAAAUUUGAUAAUUUGAUCGUAAAACUACAUGCUAUAAAAUGCAUGAUCUUGUGUGUAUACUGUUAAGUUAAUAAGAAUGUAUCUAUCGUGUGGAUCAUUCACUUCGUGUGUGAUUUGUUUUUGUUUCUUUUGGUACGUGUGCUCAC